GCCUCUGCGGAGGGCGGUUUCGGGCGCCGCGGCGGGCCGGGCGGGGCGGCACAAAAGCCGCUUUGUGACCGCCGCCUCCGCCCUUGGCCCUCCGGUCCGGCGCGCCCCGUCCGGGCUCGGCGGGCUCCGCGGCGUCCCGGGGCCCCUUUGUUCGGCGGAAGGAGAGUGGCCGCUCUGGGAGCAGGAGACGUGGCCCGGGGUGGGGCGAGGGCUGCGCGUGUCACUGCGGAGCCGGAUACGGGGAGGGCGCGGUGGCGGCGGGAUUGCCACCAGAUCCGGGCAGGCGUGGGAUAGGCGGGGCGGCCCGGCGUGGCUGGUAACGGUCUCGGCCCGAAGCUCUCGGGGCUCGGGGGCCGGCGCGGGACAGCAGCUUGGUGCAGCCACCCCUGUGCUCCGUGGCCGGGACCAGAGCCUUAGACAAAAUGGCCUCGGCGCCCGCGCCUCCAGUCAGGCGCGGCGCGAACCCGUGAUUGCGGCGCGGAGAGGGGGCGCAGCGGGCGGGCGGGCCGGGGCGCGCGGCGCCGCGCACUCGGAGCGGCGGCCAUCGGGGGCAUUCCGCGAGCGGCUGCCCUGCCGGGGCCGGAGCCAGGUUCUGCUAGCAGUUCUGUGGUGUUCUUGGUCACACAUUUAUGGAGUUUCUGAAGGGCAGUGGAGAUUACUGCCAGGCACAGCACGACCUCUAUGCAGACAAGUGAACUGUAGAAAUUCAUUACUACUCCACCAAGAAGCCCCCAUAAGAGUGGUUAACCUGGACACAGAAGUGUUGAAUUGAAAUCCGCAGAGCAUUUUUACAAGAGUUCUGACCUGGAUGGGGUAAACCUCAGUGCACUUUUCUGUUGCCUCAGUAUUACUGGAUUGAAGAAUUGCUGCUUCUUGUUAGGAGGUUCAUUUCAUUUACCAUUACUUCCAACUUCAUACUCAAAGCACUGAGAAUUUCAAGUGGAGUAUAUUGAAGUAGACUUCAGUUUCUUUGCAUCAUUUCUGUAUUCAAUUUUUUAAAUUCUUUCAUAACCCUAUUGAGUGUUUUUUAACUAAAUUAACAUGGCUCGAAUGAACCGCCCAGCUCCUGUAGAAGUCACAUACAAGAACAUGAGAUUUCUUAUUACACACAAUCCAACCAAUGCGACCUUAAACAAAUUUAUAGAGGAACUUAAGAAAUAUGGAGUUACCACAAUAGUAAGAGUAUGUGAAGCAACUUAUGACACUACUCUUGUGGAGAAAGAAGGCAUCCAUGUUCUUGACUGGCCUUUUGAUGAUGGUGCACCACCGUCUAACCAGAUUGUUGAUGACUGGUUAAGUCUUGUAAAAAUCAAGUUUCGUGAAGAACCUGGUUGUUGUAUUGCUGUUCAUUGUGUUGCAGGCCUUGGGAGAGCUCCAGUGCUUGUUGCUCUCGCAUUAAUCGAAGGUGGAAUGAAAUAUGAAGAUGCAGUACAAUUCAUAAGACAAAAGCGGCGUGGAGCUUUUAACAGCAAGCAACUUUUGUAUUUGGAGAAGUAUCGUCCUAAGAUGCGGCUGCGCUUCAAAGACUCCAAUGGUCAUAGAAACAACUGUUGCAUUCAAUAAAACUGGGGUGCCUGAUGUUACUGCCUUGGAAGGAAAAUUUGACACAGGACCUAAUAUGUCAUAUAUAUUAGCCAACAUGUUGGCUUGGUGAAUAAGUCUAAUGAAGCUUCCAUAAGAGUAUUGUAAAGCGGUUUUACCAGGCCACAAGUUUAACAGAAUUGCAACUUAUGUGUCUGGGUUACGGUUAGCCUUUUUGGACACUUAGCAAAAGAUUCUUGCUGUUCAGCAUUUAAAAUGUGCUUAUCAUUUGUACCAAUUGACCUUUCCUGAAAUCAUGCGGUAUUGAGUUAUGUCUUGUUUAAUCUAUUCCAUGCCAGAAUCUUUAUCAAAUAUAUAGAAAUUUAGAAAGAUUAGGUGCAAAAUACCCAGCACAAUACUUGUAUAUUUUUAGUAUCAUACAGAACUAAAAUCCCAGGAACUAUGAACACUCUAGACCUUAUAUGGUUUAUCCAUUUCAGACAUUGAAAGUAGGGCCUACAUGGUUAUUUGCUGCUCCACUUUGUUUACAUCUCCCACAUUUAUACCAGUAUACAUCAGGUUUGCUUAACCAUUGAUUUUUUUUAUUAUUAUUAUUUUUACCAAGUCUUACAGUGAUUAUUAAUGUCUUUCUGUAAAUCUAUUUUGUGCUGUUAUGAAAAACCUCCAUUUUAAAAAUCACAUUGUACAGAAGCACAUGUCUUUAAUGUCUUCAGACGAAAACGCCUUACAGUUAAUUUAAUGUUUGCACUCUGAGGUGCAACUUAACAGGGAGGGCCUGAAAAAAGAAUGGGAGGAGCUAUUAAAUAUUUUUAGCAAAAUGUUGCCUUUGUCUUGUGCAGAACAUGUAGAAAAUGCUCUUUAAUUUAGUAAAUAUUUUUUAAAAGGUAGAGAUGCUUUGUUAAUUGUAGCUAAAAACAAUUCUUAAUCAUAAAUUUCUGAAAUUCUUGUAAUUUUUUUCCAUACUUAUCAGAAGUUGUUUAUCAACUUAUUUUUGUUUGAAGUGUGAUUUUUUUUUUUCUCUGUUCCCAACCUCUCUUGCAAAAAAAAAGGUUUCUGCUAAUGAAUUGAGCAGACAUCUAAUUAUUUUAUAUGCUUUUGAGCUAUGUACUUAAUAUUUGGAUACUUGAUAUUUGUUUUAUUAUGUAAUUGAUAAAAUGGUGAUGUGUAUUAAUGUUAGUCAACCAUAUAUUUAUACUGUCUGGAAUGUGUGUUAUAGUUCUGUGGGAGAAAUAAUUUGUCAGUGUUCACCAGCUUGUAAAAACUUAGUGCGAGAGCUUAAACAUCUAAAUAAAUAAUGAAAUGCAUUUAUCAUCA